ACAGCAGAUGACUCGGAGCAUUAAAGCAAUCAUUCUGCACCAGAGGACUUUCUAUUUGCACAACUCUCAUAUCAACACAGUCCACUGGAGCCUCAGCUGAGGAGCUAUCCAUCUGCUGUAAGCUGAUCAGAGGGAGAAGAGUGGGGGAGAGUGAAGGUGAGAGGAUACAAGCAUGGCCUCAGCAGGGAUGCAGAUCUUUGCUUUCAUCCUGGCGCUGCUUGGCCUCUUCGGAGCCACGGUCUCCACCCUGCUUCCCAACUGGAAGGUGAGUGCUGACCUGGGCUCGAACAUCAUCACUGCCAUCUCCCAGAUGCAGGGGCUGUGGAUAGACUGCACCUGGUACAGCACGGGGAUGUUCAGCUGCACACUCAAAUACUCAGUGCUGUCCCUGCCUGCCUACCUGCAGACUGCCCGUACCAGCAUGGUGCUGUCCUGCGUGCUGGCUGCCCUGGGGCUUUGCCUCGCCUCCCUGGGGUUAAAAUGCACACGCUGGGGGGGAGGGGUGCAGGCCAAAAGACACACAGCCAUUGCCGGGGGGGUCUUUCUUAUCGUGGCCGGAUUCCUUUGCCUCGUCCCGGCCUCUUGGUUCACCAGCGAGGUCAUCGCCAGCUUUUUGGACUCAUCCGUGCCGGAGAGUAACAAGUACGAGCCGGGGGGAGCCGUGUACGUCGCGUUUGUGUCGGCAGGAUUCCUGUUUGUUGGGGGGGCCAUCUUCUGCACGUCUUGUACUGGGAAGCAGCGGGGACCACAGAACUGUCCCCCAAACAACAAGCAGCAGCAGUGCUGUUCAGCCUCACAGCCUACAGACAAUAAGGCAGAAUACAGCCUGCAGGACUAUGUGUAAUUCCAGGCAACAUACAGCUGGUAUAACAAACGCUGCUUGCUCUGCGUUAGAAGAAAGAAAAAGAUGUGGGAGAGAGGCAGUCACUUGCACUAUUUUAGGUAUUCUAAAAGCAAUGGUUUGCAAAUCAGAAGAGACUUUAUUCUUUUAGUAACUGGAAAGUGCUUCAAUACAAAUGAACUUAUAAAUAUCUUGUAUUUUUAUGGCACUGUAAUUCCUGUUUAUUAGUCCAUCAACCCUGAUUAUAUAAAACUCAAUUUCUGCAUUUAAAUGCACAGGAAAUACCUGUAACCAGGGAGAUACAAACAUUUUUAAAUUAGAUAAAAUAUAAUUUAUUACAUAAAGAACUUCAGAUAUGUUUCAGUAGCUAAUAUUAGGAUUUUUUCCCCAAAAGCUAGAAAACAUCAACAUAUCAGCUGAAGUCUACAUUUUAUAAAACAAGUUUCUCAUCUGGCUUCUCACAGCCUUGAAUUUGAAAGCACCCGACCGAAAAACCAAACAGCACAAUAGGAUGUGUAAUCCCGUUUCUUCUCAUUACUCCAAACGCAACAAGCUCUCCCUGACACUGUGCACUGCUCAUGUAUUCGACACACAGCCGCCUGUGCUUUUCACUGCCAUGGUUACAGGACUCUUCAGGACCGCUGACCCCUGUAUCGCUGUCGGAGGACUGCUGUCAGCCUCUCCACUGCUCCCAUUAAUAGACAACAUCUCCCACUUUUACAGAAACGUCUGAAGAAAUCAACAUCUGAAUGCAAACCCUGUGACAAAGAGCACAUGCUACACCUGGGCCUCCUGUUCUGUCAAGCCCUUUUAAAUCAAGACCAUUGCAGGCAUGUGGACAAAGUCAAUGUUUUUCUUAAAGCUUGAACUUUUUGAUAAUACUGUUCUCUGCUCAGUUGUCUUUCCUUAUUCAAUAAUGUUUU